AUGAGACCGCCUGUUCCAGAGGUCGCAUCCCCGCGAUCUCGCAAGUCGUCGCUUGAACAACAGCAGUGGAUCGAUCCCCGCAGUGCCACUCCCUCCACCUUCUUCCUGGCCCGCAGUCAGCGCCCCGAUGAUUGCGAGCACGAGUCCCCAGUAGAACCUGAGAACUUGAGGAAUAGUAUGUAUGGCGUACAGAGCUUCGACGAAACAACUUCCAUGACCUCGAGUGUAGCUGCCCUCCCACCGGACCUCGACACCUCGUCUGUCAGCAAGCCGGUGCCUAUCCCAGCUUCCCCCGCGCCUCCCCAACAAUGGAAGAUCAACUUGGAGGAAGCGGACGAUGCUAUUUCGAACGCUCAACAGGAUACGACACUAAAAGACUAUGAUUCUACGCAUACCAAUAGGCUGGAACCACCACUACAUUCGUCGAAUCUGACGUCGCCCCGGCCCUUGACCCCGCUGAACUUCUUGAACUCCGUUGACCACUCAUCGCUCCCAAGCAGUCCCAAAUCCAUCACUAACCAGUCUACGAGACAUCUCGACGAGAUCUCUAUAACGGAUGACCUUAGUCAGGCUGUUGCUUCCGGUGACGAAGAUGAUGAUUCGAGACCGACACUCAAUCCAAGCUCUGACUCAACGUCCCAGCUCAUCAUGCCGAGUAUCACGAUACCUAGCCGGAGGCCCUUUACAGAAAAAGGGAGAGCUUUUGGCAGGGUGAAAUUACUUGUCGCUGGAGCAUCUGGGUCAGGCAAAACAUCCCUCAUCAAGUCAAUAGUGCAGAUUUGUGAUGAUAUUGUGCAUGUUGACCUGUUUGACGAACCUUCCCAUUCACUGUCCCUUUUGCGUCAUGAGCAAACCCCACAUACUGCUUCUCGGUCAGCCCAGUCUCCUGCACUCAUCUCUGAGAUAUAUGCUAGUUCAAAACCUUAUCCUACUUGGUGGUCGGACCUGGAAGACUCUCGAGUUCUCCGAAGACGGAAAAGCUCAGGCGAGCUUGUCCUCGAGCGCAAUAUUUGCUUCGUCGAUACCCCAGGGAACCGAUUGAGUCAAAUAGGGCAGCUCGAUGCCGUUAUCCGAUACAUUCGCCAGCAGCUCCUUCGUGCUACGUCGGCACUUGAUUUUUCGAAUGCCGAUUUUCGGAACAUGCUCGCUGGUAAUGGAGGGUCGCAGGUGGACGCUAUCCUAUACCUAAUAUCUCAGGACAAGCUUGUUACCGACAUAGAGUGCAUCAGCAAGCUCAGUGCCUGGACCAAUGUGGUACCACUCAUAGCCAAGUCAGACCUAUUGACACAAGAUCAAAUUAUAAGUCUUAAAGACGAUUUCAACGAGAAAGCUCGGGCAGCUUCUGUAAAACCUUUCCUCCUUGACGCCUCCUCGGAUCUCAAUGAACCCCCUUUCGCAGUUUCAUCUGCCAAAUCGAAUGACGACUCCAUCAUGGAUGCCAGCACAUUGAUGAGCCCGGACUACAUAGAGCCACUGGUUGACUCCGAACUGUUGUCCUUAGUUCAAACCCUGUUCGACCGCGAGACUCUGACGUGGAUUCGACAUUCUGCUGCCAAGAAGCUCGCACAACGACAAAGGGAUAUCAUGCACCGCCGACACAAUCCCUUACAAGACAAUGCUCUAUCGUUCUCAUCCAGCCCGUAUGGCCUAGCCCCGAGUUACGCAAUGGCCCGGGUAUCUGAUUAUUCAAGACAAGAGGAGAAGCGUGCUCGAAUACAAUUGGCGAAGUGGGCAUCAGACUUGCAACAAAGUCUCCAGAAUGAACGAGAACGAUAUGCAGUAUUAGCAAGGGGCGAACGAGCUGUUUGGUUGACUGAGCGACUGGGGGAGUGUGUUGUGGAUGGUUCUCUUGUUCCAGUCACGCAAUCGCCCGGAUUCUCCGAACUCAAUGCGUCACCCGACAAGCAGAAUGGUAGUCUUCUCGUCCAGACCCAAAACGGGCGGAGACUUGAAUAUCACUUCACCAAUAUCAGCUCUCUCGAUCCUCUCGGCGUCGUUCGGUGGUCUGAUGAUCUGAAGCAACGAGGCUGGGCGAUUGUUCAGAUCGUGGGUAGUUUCGGCGUUGUUGGAGGACUCGCUAUCUGGCUCGCAAAGACCUGGGGCUUGUCUUCGCGGAGUUUCCCAGAAUGGCGCUUCGACUGGUAA